UUGGCACUGGCCCUGAGCGAGGCCGGGAGCAGGAGCCGCUGUGGAGGUAGAUGAAGAGGGAUUUCCAUGAACCUCAAGCCUGUGACAUUCUCAUCAGCGCUGCGCUGUGCGGGCUCUAGGUCCCGCGGCCCCGCCGCCCCCGCGCCGCCCCCCGCCCGCACGGACCAUGCCGCUGCCGCCCGCCGCCGGCCAACAUGAGACUCCGGAGCCGCCGCCGGAGCAGCCGCCGCCUGCGCGCCCGCCCCGCGCGGUGGCCGGGGAGCCGGGGGAGCCCGCGGGCCGCGCCCGGGACGAGACCCCCUAUGCCAGCAUCGAGCCCCCGGCCCCCCGCGCCGAGCCGCCGCCGCCGGCCCGCAUGGAGGACGCCGCCGCCAGCGCCAUCGUGGUGCGCAUCGGGAUCCCCGACCUGCAGCAGACGAAAUGUCUGCGGCUAAAUCCUGAUGUUCCUGUCUGGGUCUCUAAACAGCGCAUUCUCUGCACCUUGAACCACAGCCUGAAGGAUGUUCUGAACUAUGGGCUUUUCCAGCCAGCCUUCAAUGGCAGGGCUGGAAAGUUCCUGGAUGAGGAGCGACUGCUGAGAGAAUACCCUCUGAAUCCAGACAUUCCUGUCCCCUACCUGGAGUUCCGGUACAAGAGGCGUGUGUACACCCAGAGUCUGCUGGAUGACAAGCAGUUUGCCAAGCUCCACACGAAGGCAAAUCUGAAGAAGUUCAUGGAGUACGUGCAAAUGCUAAAUGUGGAGAAGGUCUGCAGACUGCUGGAGAAGGGACUGGACCCCAACUUCCAUGAUCCGGACACUGGAGAAUGCCCUCUGACAAUGGCAGCCCAGCUGGAGCACAGUGCCGAGGUGAUCAAAGUGCUGAAGAAUGGAGGAGCACAUCUGGAUUUCAGGACUCGGGAGGGAAUGACAGCACUUCAUAAGGCCAUCCGGUGCCGGAACCACAUUGCUCUGAUGACACUCUUAGACCUGGGUGCCUCCCCGGACUACAAGGACAGCCGAGGAUUAACUCCUUUGUACCACAGUGCCAUGGUUGGAGGAGACCCAUACUGCUGCGAGCUUCUGCUUCAUGACUAUGCCAAGGUGGGCUGUGUAGAUGAGAAUGGCUGGCAAGAAAUCCACCAGGCAUGUCGCUAUGGCCAUGUGCAGCACCUGGAGCAUCUUCUCUUCUAUGGAGCCGACAUGACUUCACAGAAUGCCUCAGGAAACACAGCGCUCCAUAUCUGCGCUCUCUAUAAUCAGGAGAGUUGUGCACGGGUCCUCCUGUUCCGUGGUGCAAGCAAAGAGAUUCGUAACUACAACAGCCAGACAGCAUUCCAGGUGGCCAUCAUUGCAGGAAAUUUUGAACUGGCUGAAAUCAUCAAAACCCACAAAGAGUCUGACGUUGUGCCUUUUAGAGAAACUCCCAGCUACACAAAGAGGAGACGGAUCACUGGCGCAGGCGGCCUCUCCUCCCCCCGCAUGCUGCAGCGUUCUGCCAGCGACAACAAUUUGAAAGCCGAGAGCCACCCGUCCUACUCACCAGUGCCCUCGCUCCGCAGCCUGCCCCCACAGCUGCUGGCACAGAUGCAGGAAGCUGCUGUUGGGGCGGGGGUGGGGGACAGUAGCCUGGCGAGCACGGGCAGCUCCCGGAGCACUCACAGCCGCUCCCCAUCUCUGCAGCGCGUGCAGGAAGAGAAGGAGGCCGACAUGCACACACUCAGGAGAAGCAGCCGAGGCAAGGCCAGCCCCAGCGGCGGCCAGGGCGCCCCCCCGCGGCCGGGGCCGGGGCCCGAGCCCGCCCGCCACGCCGCGCCCGCCGCGCUCCGCGGGCCCAAGCGCAAGUUGUACAGCGCCGUGCCCGGCCGCAGGUUCAUCGUGGUCAAGAGCUACACGCCGCAGGGCGAGGGCGAGAUCCAGCUGAACCGGGGCGAAGCCAUCAAGGUGCUCAGUAUUGGUGAGGGUGGCUUCUGGGAAGGAACCGUGAAAGGACGGACCGGUUGGUUCCCGGCAGAAUGUGUUGAGGAAGUGCAGAUGCGACAGUAUGAUCCACGGCAAGAAACGAGAGAGGACAGGACAAAGCGUCUCUUCCGACAUUACACUGUGGGUUCAUAUGACAACUUCACCUCUCACAGUGACUACAUCAUCGAGGAGAAGACGGCCGUGCUGCAGAAGAGGGAGCAUGAGGGAUUCGGGUUUGUGUUGCGAGGGGCCAAAGCCGAGACUCCAAUUGAGGAGUUCACCCCGACGCCAGCCUUCCCAGCGCUCCAGUACCUGGAGUCAGUGGAUGUGGAAGGUGUGGCCUGGAAAGCAGGACUUCGCACAGGAGACUUUCUGAUUGAGGUGAAUGGUGUGAAUGUGGUCAAAGUAGGGCACAAGCAAGUGGUGUCGCUGAUCCGGCAAGGGGGAAACCACCUGGUGAUGAAAGUCGUCUCCGUCAGCCGCAAGCCAGAAUCAGAAGAAGUCGUCCGGAAGAAGGCCCCGCCGCCUCCCAAGAGAGCCCCCAGCACCACCCUGACGCUGCGCUCCAAGUCCAUGACGGCCGAGCUGGAGGAACUAGCCUCGAUGCGGAGGAGAAAAGGGGAGAAACUGGAUGAGAUCUUGGCAGCAGCUGAGCCCUCGCUGAGAGCAGACAUUGUCGAAGCAGAUUCCAGGGCAGCCACUGUGAAGCAACGACCCACGAGCCGGCGCAUCACGCCAGCGGAGAUCAGUUCACUAUUCGAACGCCAGGGAAUGGCAGCUCACUCGGGAGUUCUCCCAGGGGCCGAGAAACCCCAUGUGUCCCUACGCAAAGGAAUGCCCCGGACAAAAUCUGUAGGUGAAGAUGAGAAACUUGCUGCUUCCUUUAUGGAUGGGAAAUUUCCUCGGAGCACGUCAAUGCAAGACACCGUCAGGGAAGGGCAUGGAAUCCCACCCCCACCUCAGACGGCUCCACCCCCUCCUCCGUCUCCAUAUUACUUUGACACAGGCCCUCCCCCAUCCUUCUCCCCACCUCCACCUCCGGGAAGGGUUUAUGAUACCAUAAGAUCGAGCUUUAAGCCAAGCCUGGAAGCCAAACUCCAUGGCCUCCCCCAGGUUAUCAGUGCAGCUGAGAUGUAUGACCAGGCAAGAACUUCCAUCCCGUAUCCUGAAAGGCAAAAGAGAGCCCGGUCCAUGAUAAUCCUGCAGGACUCCUCUCAUCUUCCUGUAGAGCCAACAGAGAUCCCCCGGCCUGGUCCUUCCGCCACACCCCCAGAGAAGCUGAAAAGGAAAGGGCGAGUGAUUGAUAACCCUUACGCCAACAUGGGCCAGUUCAACGUUAGCCUGUUUGCUCCCACCAAGCCCCAGAGGAAGAAGAGCCCUUUAGUGAAGCAGCUGCAAGUAGAGGACGCUCAGGAAAGAGCAGCUUUAUCCAUCACAGGAGGCUUUACGCGGGAGCCCUCUCCCACACGCCGGAGCCAUCGCAUGAGUGGCAUUGAGUAUCAGCACCACGCUGGCAUCGCUCAGGUCGACCCCUCGAGCAUCCCCUUUGCCACUGCCAUAGCUGGAGUCAUGAAGGACAGAGAGCGUCGUCUUGAUGAGAGGCGGAAAUCCACUGUCUUCCUCUCGGUUGGGGCCAUUGAAGGGAGCCCCCCCAGCAUCGACAUGCCAUCCCUGCAGCAGUCCAGGUCUAUUGAUGAGCGGUUGUUAGGAAGCCGAGAUGUACUGCUGCCUUCACCUGUCUCAGCUUUAAAGCCAUUAAUUAGCAGCUCUUCCUCAACGUUCAUCCACCCGCUCACAGGAAAGCCCCUAGAUCCAAACUCGCCCCUGGCGCUUGCGCUGGCCGCAAGGGAGCGAGCCCUGUCCACUCAAGUCCCAUCCAGGUCGCCCACCCCAAUCCAGAGCCCAGAUUCAGACCGAGCAGCACCCCUGUUUGUGGACAUCCAAACCAAAGAACCAGAAAGGGGGGAGCUAGAGGGCCUAGUGUCACCUGCAUAUUCGCCCGGAGCCAAAGGGGCAGCAGGAGCAGCUCCUGGGACUUUGGCCCCUACAAAAAGCCACUGGGGGACUCCAACAACACUGAGAAAAGAGACUGAGACAAGAGCAGAAACACCUGUGAAAGAAGAGAAAAAACACGAAGACAAGAAAUCUAUGAUCAUUAGUAUAAUGGACACAUCACAGCAGAAGACAGCUGGCCUCAUCAUGGUCCAUGCAACAAGUAAUGGCCAAGAGGAAAUAGGACUUGAGAUGAAGGAGGAGACACCAGAUGUUCCUGAAGCAAGCGUGGAGCCGGCAGAGCUGCCCAAAGCGGAAACUGAGCCCAGCCCUGUGGGAAAGUCUCCGGUUAGUCCAGCAUCUGACAAGACACUUGGUCAGGGAAGUUCAGAGGAGGAAGCGGAGCCCUACACAGUUACCCUCCCACCAGCUCAGCUGUCUUCAAGUGAUGAAGAGACCAGGGAGGAACUGGCCAAGAUUGGGCUGGUGCCUCCACCAGAUGAGUUUGCAAAUGGGGUACUAGUCACCACCCCUGGCACACCGAUCAGCCAGCUGGCUACGCCUCGCACGCCAUCCAUGCCAGCGGCAGCCGUAGCACCUUCUGCCACUGGUGGAACACCCUCAGGGAAGCCCUCUGAUGCCCCCGUAGCCCCAGAGUCUGCCGCAGACUCAGGAGUGGAAGAGGUGGACACCAGAAGUUCAAGUGACCAUCACCUGGAGACCACAAGCACCAUCUCUACAGUCUCCAGUAUGUCUACAUUGUCCUCUGAAAGCGGGGAGCCUACUGACACAUACACUUCCUUUGCGGAUGGACAAACUUUUAUACUCGAGAAGCCACCAGUGCCUCCAAAGCCAAAACUCAAGUCCCAGCUCAGCAAGGGGCCAGUUACUUUCAGGGACCCACUUUUGAAGCAGUCUUCGGACAGUGAGCUCAUCUCCCAGCAACAUGCGGCUACUCUGGCUUCAGCCAGUGUUGGUCGGCCACGCUACCUCUUUCAGAGAAGAUCCAAGCUAUGGGGGGACCCCAUGGAGAGCAGGCCAGUCCACGGGGCUGAGGAUGACAAACCAACUGUGAUCAGUGAGCUAAGUUCCCGGUUACAACAGCUGAAUAAGGAUACACGAUCACUGGGGGAGGAACCUACCGGGCCCCCUUUAGAUCCCGGGAAGAAGUCACCUGUGGUCGCAGCACGGAAUACCACUGUCAGAUUGUCUCCGGCUUUGGCUGUUGAAUUCAUACUUUUCAGUAGUUUAGGAGAACUCAGCACCAUUUCCCAGCGGAGCUCCGGAACCACCUACACAGUUCGACCUGGCAGCCGCUACCCUGUAACCCGACGUACUCCCAGUCCAGUGAAGCCUGCCCUGGAUAGGACAGACCCUCUCAGCACCGUGCGGCCCUAUGGAUUGACACCUCCCACCAUCCUCAAAUCUUCCAGCCUCUCCAUCCCGCAUGAGCCCAAGGAGGUGCGCUUUGUGGUGCGGAGCGUGAGUGCCCGGAGCCGCUCCCCAUCCCCCUCACCCUCUCCUGGGCCCCCCCUGCACACUCUGCACCCACCGCGGCCCUUCAUGCAGAAACCCCUCCACCUGUGGAACAAAUACGAUGUAGGGGACUGGCUGGAAAGCAUCAAUUUGGUGGAGCAUCGAGACAAGUUUGAGGACAAUGAGAUUGAGGGCACACACUUACCUGCCCUCACCAAGGAGGACUUUGUGGAGUUGGGGGUGACACGUGUGGGGCACCGCAUGAACAUUGAGCGAGCACUCAAACAGCUGGUAGACAGUUGACCAUCCUAGGCAGUGCUGGCCUCUUCCAGAGCCAACUCACGGGGGGGAGGGGGGCGUUUCUACUAGACAAAUAAAACCAAUUUGAUUCUCUUUCUAUUCUGACCACUGCACUGAAGGGCGAAGAGCUGAGGAGCGCCCACUCACUCCAUACACCCAGAGCCCCAGGUGUGCACAAACACACACGGACACGCACACGCACACACACAAACACAUGCUCAGCCCCCCCACUCAACCCUGCACCAGCCAACACCGCCUUUGGGAAAAGGAAUGUUGCAUGAGAUACACCCUCUUUUCUGUUCUUCUAAAGGGUCAGGCCUGCACAGCGCUUGAUGUGCCUUUCCCCAGGGGCGCUGCUGGUGGCAGGAGGGCAGCGGGCCAUGCCUGGCUGGCCCGUGCUCCCAGUCUGCGGGAGAACCUUGCUCACCUGCGCGGAGCAGGCUGUGGGACGUAUUCUGAUCAAAGGGCUGUGGAGAGCAGGGGGAGAGGCCGGUGUUAGUGGUGCAAAUUAGGAACCAGAGCUCAGUUUAGGGUGAUGGGGCUGUCAGCUAACGAGGCUCAGCUGUGUUGCAACGGUCGUCUGGUGACCCAGGAACUGAACUGAUCUGUAUGUGAUACAAGGUGGGCGCUUGUUUGAAUGUCAGUUGCGUCCCUGUUCCCUGAGCUGGGGCAACCAGAGGCCUAGGCUCCGUCCUGCCACGCUGCUGCUCAGCCGUCCCGCGAGAGUGGCUGACUGGUAGGCAGGUCGGGGUCCUCUGUGACCAGCGGGGCAGGAGGCUGUGAGGCGCCCGGAGGAGCUGCUGAAUAGCAUGGUCGUGGUGAUGGGAGACUUGGAGGGGCCACGUGGAGAGGGCAGUGCUGGCCCUCACGCGGCCCCUGACGCCAGCUCCGAGACCGGUGAGGGCAGGCAGGCACCGAGGUGCAGGUCCCUAGGCCCUGCAGUGCGGGGGGAGGCAGCCUGUUUCCCGUGUGGGCAAAGCCUGUGCUGGCAUGUGGGCGCCUGGCACUAUUGGUGGGCUCCAGCUCAGACAGGCCCUAGCGGCCGCUGCAGCACGAAGGGCCGUUCUGAUUCCAUGGCCAAGAGGCACAGUCGGGGCUGCCCCGAAGGGAGAACCAGAUCGGCUGCCUCUAGCCAAUCGCUGCUUCUGCCUGGGGAGCCCCUUCGCUCUGGGCUCCUUCAGCAGCUUCCACCCCGAAGCGGAGCAAGCCUGUUGCCAUGCAAACAAGAAAACGGUGAUGGCCUUGCCGAGAAAGCCGAGCCUUUGGACUCUGUGUUCCUCUGCCCUGUUGCCCUGGGCUGCCCUGGUGAGAGAGGAAGUGAAGCCGCAUGGAUCGAAGCAUGUUUGGGGGAUGUCCAAGGGAGGCUGGUGGGGAAUCAAGCAGAAAAUGCUUUGCCAACGUUCAACGGGGGUGCGGGGUGGGGGGAGUCUUCUUUUGCCUCUUGGUUUGGGGUCUUGUUUCCAAGGGGGACACAUUGAUGGCUAAUAUAUAAUCUCCAUGCAUUUAUGUAGAGCAGCUGAUGAUCAACAAGAGAUGAUGCUAAACUCCAGGAUUCCCAUGCCGUCCUAGUCAUCCUUAUUUUGCAUCUUUUUAAUCAGCUCUAUAUUUGAAACGAGAAGAGAACAAAUAUCUAUAUAUCUAUAUCUGUAGCACCUGAGUUUGUUCGCAUUUGACUAAAUCUCUGUAUCUCUAGACUUACCGAGCUGCUCCCUUUCCCUGGGACACUCACGACUUGGCGAGUUUUUAGUGACUGACUGAACGAAUGUUAAAGUCUUCUAAAGAAUCUCCAUCUUCUUUCGGACCCUCAGGAUUUUAAAGAUUUAGAAACACACAAUAAAAUGUGGGCCUGGGCCAAGCCAGGUCUCCCAUUCCCAGAGCGAGCCGAACGGAGCUGCAGCUUCCCCGACACAGCUGCAGUCCUGGGGUGCCCGGUGCAGCAGGUCCCUCCCCGCCUCCCCUCCUGAGGAAGAGGCAUCGUCGUCCCGCCGCACGCGCGGCAGGGGUCUGAGUGCAGGGAGGCUAGGGGCCCACACCCAGCCAGCAGGGCAAGGAGGCGGGCGCCCUUCGGCUGCUCCGCAGGACGUGAGGGUCAGGAGUGAGGCCGCGGAGGGGAACAAAGAAGGGCCCUGUCAGGUCAGAGCCUGGGAGGUGGAAGGAAAUGCGCCCCUCCCCGUUCCAGGGCUGGGCAGGGCAGCUCUCCAGGUCCCCUGUCUCUGAGGCCUGGUGUGUGGCUAGGCAGGAGGAAGGCCUGCUGGGAGGAGACGCUCGCUCUGGGCAAAGGGCUUGGUUGCAGGGGCAGUGUCCCUCCCGGCCUGGGGGAUGGUUUGGCCUUUUCACCAGUCAGCUGUAGGAGAGUAAUAGUAGCCCCUGGCACCCCCGCCAUGGGCCUGCCUGCCCCCAGCGGCCCUGGGGGGAGCAGCGUUGCUUUGUAACGCUGGGACGAGCCCAGGAGGUGCUCCCAGGUGUGGUUGGAGCCAGGGAGAUCUGCGGCUCGCUCCUUGGCUGCUGCUUGUCCCUUCACUGCUAGCGCACUGAGUUGUAUCAGGUCUCAUGUCUGCCACCAUGCCCUCCGGCCCCCUUCAGGCAUGAGAGCAUGCAAGGGGGGUGGGUAAAUUACAGAGAAAGAAAAUAACCCAGGGAGGGGACUGUCCUGCAGGGCCACCCCAGCGUGGCCUGCAAAUGUCACACACUGGCUUUUCACCUGUCUUUGAUCUCUCACUCAUACGCCCAGCCCCCAGUUUCUAGGCGCCCCAUCUGGGGUGGGGUGGGGCUCAGCCCUUGCCCCCUUGGGGGACUGGUGUGCCCAAAAGGCCAAGUGCCCCUGUGAAGGCAUUAAUGCUUCUGGUGCUAGAGGGAAGGACAACGAGGUUCCUCUCCGACCCUCACACAUCUCGGAACCUUACAGCCAUCAGCUGGGGCAGCCCCACUGUGUGCUGGGGAGGGGGCUUGGGGAGCGAGCUCCCCACAUACUCUGAGGGUGCUGUCUCCCUUCCCUGAGCUGUCACUCGCGCGCUGGGCUCAGAGGAGCAAACCCAGCCCUGUCAAUUGCACCAAUUCACCCCAUGCUGCAUCUGGGAGCUGGCAAUGUGGGGCAGCGCCAUGGGGAAGGGACAGAAGAGGGCUGGGCAUCUAUAGCCAGAUCAGUCUGGAAAGUCAACCCUGCUGUGCGCCCUCUAUGGACCCCAAACACUCACUGGCUAAUCCCAUGCCCUGACCCAGACGCAACCCCAAUCACCCCAUUUCCCCGGGGCCCCACGGCACCUACCCCAGCCCGAGCCCAUAGCACAGCCAUCCCAGCACAGCAGCCCUGUGACAGCCACUGUCCCAGCGCUCCUCAAGUGCCCAGCCCCACGUCCCAGCCACCAGCCCCAUGUCCCAGCCACUAGCCUCACAUCCCAGCCCCACGUCCCAGCCACCAGCCCUUCGUACCCAGCCCCGCAUCCCAGCCCCACGUCCCAUCCACCAGCCCUUUGUACCCAGCCCCACGUCCCAUCCACUAGCCUCACAUCCCAGCCCCACAUCCCAUCCACCAGCCUCACAUCCCAGCCCCACAUCCCAUCCACCAGCCCUUCAUACCCAGCCCCACAUCCCAGCCGCCUGCCCUUUGUACCCAGCCCCAUGUCCCAGCCACCAGCCCUUUGUACCCAGCCCAUAUCCCAGCCACCAGCCCCACGUCCCAGCCACCUGCCCCAGGUCCCAGCCACCAGCCCUUUGUACCCAGCCCCACAUCCCCACACGCGUUACUCCUGUACCCAUCCCUGGCCACAUAUUCCAAUACACGCUACCCACACGCCAUAGCCGCAGCCCCACACACUGUAUCUCCCAGAAUACACAUCUCCAGACACUGCAUUUGCACUCCCCUGCCCCAUAUCCCCAAACAUACCCAACCUCUAUCCCCAUACACCGUAUCCCAAGCCCCAAACACCAUACCCCCAACCCCCUAGCCCCGUACACUACCCCAGCCCUGUAUCCCCAUACACUGUACCCCAA